AUGGCUGACCGUCUAACCAGAAAGGAAGUGGAAGGUUUCAGAGAAGCCUUCAAUCUAUUUGACAAGGACGGUGAUGGUUCGAUAACAAUUGAAGAAUUGGGAUCUGUUAUGAGAUCACUUGGAUUACAUCCUACUGACGAGGAGCUUGGAGAUAUGAUUAAUGAAGGUGAUAUUGAUGGAAAUAGAACAAUCGAUUUCCCCGAAUUUCUCACCUUGAUGACAAAGAAUAUGAAGGAGGGUGACGAAGAAGAGGAGAUCAGGGCGGCUUUUGAAAUAUUUGACAAGGAUGGAAAUGGUUCUAUAAGUGCGGAUGAAUUGAGACAUGUGAUGAAGAUGCUGGAUGAAAAUUUGACUGAGGCAGAAAUCGCCGCAAUUAUCAAGGAGGCCGAUUCGGAUGGAGACGGUCAAAUAAGCUUUGAAGGUGAGUUUAUUUCAUCGCUACAAUCAUUUCCUUCAAUUUGCUUCCAUUUCGCACAUUUACUUUAG